CAAUUUGCCUUCAUCGUCUUGCUCGUGUGAAUGAGAUCUGAACCCUAGUUAUUUAGUGCCCUGUUUGCAGGUUUUACCGGCUAAUAUUUGCAAGAAGCUGGUUGGUUUAAUUUGGCUUUACAUGAAAACUACAAGUUUGAGCUCGUGUCAAGUUAAUUUCUUGCUCGGUUUUCGAGUUUCAAUGCUGGGGUUUGAUUUUAGAAUGUUUUAGGUUCCAUGUCUUUUAUUGAUAUAGGUUAGGAUCGCUCAUGCUACUAAUCAUUGUUGCUGCGACCGUUACUGAUAUACCAGGGUAAAAAAAGAAAUAUUCAAACAAAUAUUCCUCAUGAUAUCUCAAUAAAUACCAGAAGUCACCAAUAAAAAGCAUACUCAAGCUGACCUGACCCUGUGACUCUCCUAUUCCAUAUACAAGCUUUUCGCACGCAUUUCACCCAUUCUGAAUCCACUCAGUAUGAAGUUUUCCGCGACUUGAUCAUUUAUUAUUUCUAUUUCUAUUUCUAUUUCUAUUUCAUUUCAGAACACGGGCUAAUUAUUGAUUCGAAAACAAAAAAUAAAUAAGUUUUGCAGUUGACUUUCUCUUGACUAUAUAAAUGAGGGACGCGGUCCAUGAUCCAGGGGAGGCUUCCCUGAGUUUGGUUGCCCGGAGAUGCUGGUAUGGGCCUGAUUCGCCGAUUUCCUUUCAGCAGAUGGAAUCAUCCCAUUCUGAAGAAUAUCAAAAUCGAUUUAGGAAUAUUGUUCUGAAAACUAUCAGACGAGACGUUCGCGCAGUAAUUCAAAGGUAUAUGGUUGUUCCAAAGCAUAUGCUAAAAAUUCAAGCACAAUUUCACUGGGAUUUACGGAAGAGCAGCAGAGUUUGACGGCUCCUAAACGGGGUUGGUUGACCUCCAUUAUCCUAAUACAAACUCUCCAUGGUAUUGCAAUAGCUAUAAAUAUUCCCUUGUUCUUAGUGCGAUAUAUUUCUGAUAGCUUCUUCUCCCAAUUCUCAUUUUUGGCAAGCAUUAUUGCAUAUGCUCUAUACCCCAUAUCCCUAGGUGUGAGAAGACGGUCCCGUGGAUGCCUGAUCCUGAAAAGACCAAUGCUCCUCCUAUGAGUAUGUCACAAAGCUGUUAUGGUGCAAAAUCCUUGUGAAAUAAGGGAGAGGAGAAAUGGCGUACGAGCUUCAGCUACCUGCAGGAUCCAAAAUCCAUCUUGUGUUCCCUUUAUCACGAGGCAGCCAAUAUCAGCAGCAAGUCCUAUACCACUGUAGAUCCAAAAGGGCAGAUAUAUACUAGUUAACCAAUGUAUAACAAGCCAGUUGUUCAACUACUGUUACAGCAGUUAAGUUUUCCUUUUUGAGAUGCAAACAUGGGAGGACUACAAGCUUCUGCAAUCAAAUUUUCCCAAUUUUAACCCUUGAGGUCAAGGAAUUGCUGAUUCCAGGGGUGUUGUAAUGACCCAAUUUUAAUCAAGAGAGGAUUGCAUCUUUAGCAUUGUAGUCUUCUACGCAGAGGAUUAGUGCCGAUAAAUGAAUGUUUAUUUAUAGCUACUACAUGUGUCAAGUGGUUAGCAGUCAUUAGCUGAGUCAGUUAGAAGUUAGUUGAGGACUAACACUAUUCCCGCCAAGAUCCUCUGCAUGAUUUUACUGUUUCAAUAGUUGGCAAUCAUUAAGCCAUAUAAUUACUUUUGACUUCUCAUUUCUCUCUCUCAGAUUUCCAACCAUUCUGCAGUAAUGGAGUUGAUCAGAUGAAUAAAAAUGAACAUAGCAGCACUCAUGGUUCUGCUAGUCCUUCUAGCCAUCCAGUUUGCGAGCAGCCGCUCCAUUAGAAAUGAGUUCUCCUAUCUAAUAUCUGAUGGCUUGGAUAAAAAAGGUCAAAACAACUUCUUACAACUAAACAAUCUGGGGACAUCUGUGACUUGCGAGCCGAUUUAUGGCUUCAUGCCUUGCACCACAAAGGUUUGGGGCAACCUCUUCCUCUUGGUGGUUUACGAGUACUUGCUGUCCCUCGCAGAUAAAUACAUUUCUAGUGGAUCCAACCUUUUCUUUCAAAUGUUCGGAACUGGUAUAUUUGGUGGUAGUGUGUUCUAUGUGCUUGGUAAAUUCCCACAAAUUGUAUUGGUUCUCGUGACCUUGCUCUCAGCGAGUGAAGAUGUUGUCGGAUCAGCAGUGUCGAUGUCAAUGGGGUUUCUUGCAGGCUCAACUAUGAUGAGCCUAACAAUAAUCUGGGGUUCUGUUAUUGCUUUCGGAAGCUAUGAUCUUCAACAGACUCCUUCAUCAAACCUGGAAAACAAAAUGCUGUGCCUUUCCAAUGGUUAUGGUGUUAAAACUGACAUUGUUACCAAAUAUACUGCAAGAAUCAUACUUCUGUCAAUGAUCCCAUAUUUAAUACUUGAACUGUCGAAAGUUGUCAAUUCUUCUUCAGCAACACGAGCAGCAGUCCUGAUUGCUCUUAUUAUUACAGUUAUUUUACUAGUGACUUACUGCACCUUCCAGGUAUUCCAGCCAUGGAUUCAGGAUAGAACACUCGAGUAUUUGAUUCUGUCAUAUGUGAAGAAGAACCUACUACAAUCUCUAUGCAAUCCUUAUGGGAGACCCAUUGAAUUCAAGAUAAGACAGUUGUUUCGCAAGAUUGAUCUGAAUAAAAAUGGUCAAAUAUCAGAAGAUGAAGUGAGAGCAUUUUUAGUGGGAAUAGAAGCAGGAGUGGUUGGCUUGAUUGGAGACCAUUGUGUAUCAAAAGUGAUGGCAGAGUUUGACUUCUCUGGAGAUCAUGGUAUAAGCAAGGAAGAAUUUAUUCGAGGGAUAUCGAAAUGGCUUGAUGAGGCUAAUGGCGUUGAAAACAACGGAAACCAGACAGAAUUGUUCAAUAGUAAUUUACCGGGAAGCAGAGAAGAGCAGCAGAUAUGGGAGGCUGAACAACAGGAUUCUAAGAAUUCAGAUGAAUGGAAUUACAGUAAGGCCACUUACUUCAUCCUUCUGGGAACUGCCAUUGCAGUUCUUCUGGCAAAACCCUUAACCAAAACACUCCAAGAACUUGCGACAGCUAUAAAGGUCCCCUCUUUCUUGGUGUCAUAUUUUUUGGUACCCUUCGCGUUGAACUUCAGACAAGGAUAUAAAUCAAUCAUUUCUGUCAGUGAUAAGAAAGAGAAGUCCGUGUCUUUGACACUCUCUCAGAUCUAUUGUGGGGUAUUCAUGAACAACGUUCUGGGUUUGACGUCAUUCUUGACUAUUGUUUAUAUACGAGAAGUGGAAUGGGAUAUCACAGCUGAAAUUCUGGUUGUUCUAGUAAUUUGCAGUGGAAUCGGUCUAUCCUCCAGCUUCUCCUCCAAAUUCCCAUUCUGGACAUGUCUUGUAGCCUACGCUCUAUAUCCUAUAUCUCUGGGCUUUCUUUACGUUCUCACCAUUUCUCUCGGAUGGGGUUAAAAGCUGUUCACACCAAUUUUUUAUGCUGAUACUUUUCAUAAGGCGUGAUCGCAAGGGGACAAUAAACUGCAUGGAAACUCAAUCACUCCUAUGAGUGAGUGUUUCACAAACUUGAUAAAUCGAAAUUUAUUGUCCUAAUGUGUCUUGUCUGUAUAAAAAAUUAUGUUAUUUACCUUGUGGUUUCUAUAUAUUAAUU